UAAACAUGCAAUGAAUGAAGGGUUUUUCACCCCUAUGUACAUGCAAUGCUUACUCAUGCAUGAGCCUUAGAAAUGUCCACAUUAACCUGUGUAACGAUAUCGACAUUAGUUAUUAUUUCCUUGUUCAAUAUGGUUUUAUUGAUGGGCAUUAUGAUGCAACUGAAGCAAAAAUGCGAGGAGGGUGUUGUCAACAUCCCUAAUAACGUGGAAUUCAACCGGUUAUCAUCCCUAGUGAAUUCUAGACGAUCGAAAUCGCAGAAACCAAAGUUCAUGGCAGCUUUGGUGGCUAUAAAAUACAACAAAUUGAUAUUAAUGUGUGGGACAACAAUUAUAAGUAAGUUUUGGAUUUUAUCGACAGCACAUUGUUGCAACACCAUCAAGGAUUACCCUAGCGAAGACGUUAAAGUCUCCAGUAACUCGCCAAAGUGGAAACUGGGUGUUCCACACGACAUUCUGGAUGUUAUCAUACACAAAAAUUAUUCCCCUGAUAGUGCAACGCAUAAUCUAUGUUUAAUCCGAGUAAGACAGAUGUUUAAAGACGCCUAUGAAAUACCUGUUGCCAUAGCGAGCUCGAGGUACAAAUACAUUGCGAAUUCUACUGCGUUGGCUCUGGGGUGGAGUUCCGAGGUUAACGAUAUAGAUUUGGAUAAGGAUGACAUAUACAGUACCAAUGUGAGAUUAAUUAACUACGAAAAAUGCCGGAAAAUGUUCAAGAACCACAAAAUUGACAACAGUAUGGUUUGUGGUAAAAACUACGACAAAAAUGACUGCAACUUCGAUUCUGGUGGGCCCCUAUUCCAAAAUAACGUUGUCAUAGGAGUGGUAUCCUUCGAAACAGACUGUGCUAACGGAUUUUUUCCGAAAGUUUACACCAGGAUUUCGUUUUUCGAGGAUUGGUUGAAACAGGUUGAAGCAUUGAAGGGUGUUAAAAUAAAUGCCGUUUUUAAGAGUUAAAUAAAUAUUU